AUGUAUGAAGGGAAAGGCAGUCCCUCUGAUUUGUUCUGUGUCUGCCCCCGGGUCUUCUGCCAGUGGGACAAGGGUCUCCUCUCUGACUGGGCCUCCCACAAUAAAGUGUCUAGGUGUCACGGCUGGUAUGGCGGAGGACCCCAGAGUGCAGACAAGCAGGAAGCAACGUGGCGUGAAAGCUCUACAGACUGGCUGCAUCCAGAAUCUCUUUCAGAUCGCUUCAGUAUGAGGAAGGAUCACAAGGGCCUGCUUCAAAUUUACAAUGAUCAAACCACCCCAUGCUUGAAGAAGGCUACAUAUCAUGGAGAGCUGUUACCUCCUUCUCCAGUGUGUUCUUUGGGUUCCAAUUGGAUAACUCACCUGUGUCCGACUCCAGAAGAACUUACCUGCGGUCUUCCUCAGAAGUUCCUCUUCCCCUGUGGAUCAGAAACACAUCAACGACAAACGCUAAAUGCUGGCUCUGACUGUUGCCUGCCUGUCCACCCCAGCAAUGUUGGCUGGCAGAAGAAAACACUAUCACACACCGACACACCUCAGCCACCACGGAUGCACUUGCCCUUCUCAUCUACAGAUUUAAGAAACUUAUACAUUUCAUAUUCCCAUUAUCCACCUUCACCUGGCACCUUCACUUACUCACCUGUCUUCCUCUAGAGGAUUUCCAGAA